AUGGACGAUGAAGACAUGAGCUGCACGUCCGGCGACGACUACGGUGGUUAUGGAGACGAAGACUAUUACAACGAAGCAGACGUCGACGCCGCCGAUGACGUGGCAGUAACACCGACGCAUUCAGAAGAAGCCGAUUACGAGUGUCUCAAUGUUAAUCAGGUUGAACGGGUAUUCACUGACGGGGUCAAUUCACUUGUAUCACGAGUUCCAGUAAACGAGAAAUUUGCUAGAAUACUUUUAGAAGCAAAUCAAUGGGACGUCGAGAAAAUCGUCAAACAUUUUCGCCAGGAUCGAACGGAGUUUAUGAGGAGAAGUCAUAUUGAUGCACGACCAGAACCAAGAAGAAAACUGUCUGCAACAGCGACAUCAAUUGCAAAAGGAUACUGUAGUGUAUGCGCGAUGGAUGGAUACUCAGAAUUGCCACAUUUGUCGUGUGGACACUGUUUUUGUGAACAUUGCUGGAAAAGUCAUAUCGAAUCAAGACUAUCGGAAGGAGUUGCUGCCCGAAUAGAAUGUAUGGAGUCAAAUUGUGAAGUUUACGCACCAGCUGAAUUCGUUCUUAAAAUCAUCAAGUCAUCAAAUGCACUCAAACUGAAAUAUGAACGAUUUCUGCUCCGAGAUAUGGUCAAUUCUCAUCCUCAUCUGAAGUUCUGUGUCGGAAAUGAUUGUCAAGUGAUUAUUCGAUCGACAGAAAUAAAACCGAAAAGAGUAACCUGUCUGUCGUGUCAUACAUCGUUUUGCGUGAAAUGUGGUGCCGACUACCAUGCUCCAACUUCAUGUGAUACCAUUCGUCAGUGGAUGACAAAGUGUGCGGAUGACAGUGAAACUGCGAAUUAUAUCAGUGCACACACUAAAGAUUGUCCACAAUGUCAUAGUUGUAUCGAGAAGGCUGGAGGCUGUAAUCAUAUCCAAUGUACACGGUGUCGACAUCAUUUCUGUUGGAUGUGUUUUGGUGACUGGAAAAGUCAUGGAAGCGAAUAUUACGAAUGUAGUCGAUACAAAGAGAAUCCGUCGGUCGCCGCUGAAGCAAAUCACGUGAAAGCAAGAAGAGCUCUGGAAAAGUAUCUUCAUUACUUCGAGAGAUUCGAAAAUCACUCGAAAUCGUUAAAAAUGGAAGAAGAAUUGAGAGAUAAAAUCAGGAAGAAGAUUGAUGAUAAGGUAAAUGAGCACAACGGUACAUGGAUCGAUUGGCAGUAUCUUCACAAAUCAGUGUCUUUGCUUACGAAAUGUCGAUACACGUUACAGUACACCUAUCCGUUUGCCUACUAUCUCAGUGCCGGCCCACGAAAGAAUUUGUUCGAAUACCAACAAGCCCAACUGGAAAAGGAGGUCGAAGAGCUCGCGUGGGCCGUCGAAAGAGCCGAUGGAACAGCUCGUGGAGCUCUGGAAGCACAUAUGCACCGUGCGGAACACAAACGACAGACGCUUCUUCAUGAUUUCUUUUUCUAG